CCAAGGAAAUACUGUUUUUACACAGCUGGUUAUACAUGUAGUGUUACAGUAACGACAGAGUACUCAAGAAUGACUGCGUAUUUGUUCAUUUUUCUGCUAUGUGCCUUCAAAUGUUCGAGUGGAGAAAGUAAACUUAAAUUUGUCACGAUGUUAUAUCGACAUGGAGACCGUUCUCCAAUCAAAGCCUAUCCAACAGACCCAUACCAGGAGAGUGCAUGGCCACAGGGAUUUGGACAGCUUUCACAGGAGGGUAUGAGAGAGCACUUUGAGCUGGGCCAGUUUCUGCGACAACGGUACACAGGUUUCCUCAGUGAGAACUAUACACGCUUAGAGAUUACUGUUCGGAGCACAGAUUAUGAUCGCACACUGAUGAGUGCUGCCUCAAAUCUUGCUGGUCUUUACCCACCCAAUGGUUCACAGAUGUUUCAUCCUGGCUUAGAAUGGCAGCCUAUACCAAUACACACUGUUCCCCAGGAAGAUGAGCGGCUGCUCUCAUUUCCUUUGCCGAACUGUCCACUCUACCAGUUACUUAUAAAUGAGACAAAGAGAACUAAGUUCUUUCUUAACAUGACUGAGAAGUACAAAGAUUUCAUGGAGAUGGUGCAAAACAACACAGGGCUGAAUUUAACUUCCAUUGAGACAGUGUGGAGUGUGCAUGACACACUAUUCUGUGAGAAGAAACAUGGUAUGCGCCCUCCAGCCUGGGUGACUUCUGAAGUCAUGGAGAAACUAAAGGUGUUAAAGAACUUAAGCUUUCAGGUCAUGUUUGGCCUCUAUAAACGAGAGGAGAAAUGUCGGUUACAAGGAGGUCUCCUACUGGAUCAGAUUAUUAAAAAUUUUACAGCUGUUGCAACUCUAAAUUCAAAUGAGCAUCUAAAGAUGAUAAUGUAUUCAGCGCAUGACACAACCAUCAUAGCUCUGCAGGAAGCACUUAAUGUGUAUAAUGGAUUGCAACCACCAUAUGCCUCCUGUCACAUUUUUGAACUGAACCAGGAUGACAAUGGGUCAUUCUUUGUUGAGAUGUUUUAUCGUAAUGACAGCUCUGUGACUGAGCCAUAUCGUUUGACUUUACCUGGCUGUGCCCAACAGUGCCCUUUACAGGAGUUCAUUAAACUUACACGCUCAGUCAUUCCAACAGACUGGCACAAGGAAUGCCAAAUCAGCUCCUCUUCCAGCGGCAAUGAUGUAAUCAUUGGACUGAUUGUUUGUGGCUCUGUACUCUUGCUCCUUAUUGUGCUGCUGUUUGUAGUGCUUUAUCAUCACAGUAAACCAGCCAAUGGCUACAGCCAUGUAAUCAACGAUCAGUCCUGACAGUCAUAUCAGCUACUCUCCAGAACUUCACAGGAGAGUGAGGACGACCUGUGAACCAGUCACAUACACAAGCAGCAGCUGUGAAUCUGCUGUGAAAAAACAGGACCUCAGUGGUUUUUAAGAAAUGAGGACUUUCUCUAGUUCUCUAAUUUAAUUACAUAUUAAACAGAGGAUGGAGAGAGAA